CGGCGACCGUGGCGACAGACCCAGCUUCGGCGACCGUGGCGACAGGCCUAGCCGUGGAGGCUUCGGUGGUCGUGGUGGCGGCCGUGGUGGCAGCUCUGGAGGCCGCGGCGGUGACAGGAACAGAGCACCCUGGAUGGGACGUGGCGCUCGCGAGGAGGGCGGUGAGCGGAGACAGCGGUAUUAAAAAUUUGACGACAUCACGAUCUUGAAUGAGGGCGUCAGAUAGGGGUAUGAGUGUUUGGGUGCUGUCUUUCUUCACAUUCUUCGUCUUCUUGUACUAUUAUAUGGCAUCUGCCAUUAGAUAUGGUGGUUGGUUGGUUGGUUGGGGUUUGCUUCAUCUCGGUUUGUUUUCUUCAUGUAUUUCCUUUCACUUCGUUACUGCUGCUUAGACGGAUGCUGUAAGAUAUAUCUCUGACCCUUCUUCUUUUUUUGGUCUGCGCUUAUGUGUUUUUUAUCCCUGGGCUUCAUUUCGAGUUUGUUUGGGGGUUGGCUGGCUGGUGACGGAAAAGGACGGGGUUAAUGUUUUCAUAAUUCAUCAUGUAGAAAAGUUUUGCGAUUUGUCUGUACUAUCAUAGAGAAGAGGUAGGGGGAAAGGAAAGGGUGAAUGGAGAAGGAAGGAUGGGGAUGGAUGUUUCUCUGCUCCAUUUGAGGCCUUUUGCGUGAACGUGACAGUAUCGGAAUGGG